UCGCGCAUGCGGUUUGUAUGUGGCACGCAAUCAGGUUGUUUCAGGCUCAUUAGCUGUCAACGCGGAUCUUGAGAUCGCAAGAAGUCUCAACUCGUGAACAUGGUGGCCGCUGACUUGUCUAGCAAGCUGAAGCGCACCAAGAUUUGCAAGUUUUGGGUCUUCAACAGGUGCACCUUGGGUGAAGCUUGUACUUUCGCACACUCCACUUGCGACCUCCAAGAGCAGCCAGACCUGGUCAAGACUGAACUAUGCUUCCAGUUCAUGUCCAAGGGCCAAUGCAAACGUGGAGCUGCCUGCACUUUUGCACAUGGCAAGAAGGAGCUCCGCAAGCCUCGCAAGGAGAUGCCGAAAAGCGCUGCUUUGGCACAUGGCAAGAUGAGCGCAGAGGCGCAGGAAUGCCUUUCAGAGACGGAGGUGAAGCCGGAACCAGUAGCUCCGCCAUCGGAGAUCUUCGCAGAGCUCCACCAGCGGAUCGAGCAUGCGGAAUCCGCGCUUAAGGGUGUGAAUGCCAUGGUGAUGCACAUCAACCUGAUGUCGCACAGCGUCCCCAACACCUUCCGUCCACCUCCCGGGUUGCCGCCGCCGGAAUGCUUGAAGGAGGAUGAUGCUGAUACUGCCAGCACGACGGCCAGCACACAGUCCUCCACCCCGUCGACGCCUCGGGAGAAGAGUGAGCCAGCCAGCCCCACCAACCAGAUCUUCUGGUUGUGAAUCAUUCUAAAGUCGUCAGCGGUGUGGCGCGCAGUUCUGGGCCUGAGCAAUGAAUCUUUUGCAG